UUUGUUACGUUAACGGAGUGCCGUGCAUUUGUUCAAAUAUAUCACGGACGGUGGCUUGUGAGAGUCACCUUGAAGUCGAAUUCGCUAACACUUCGAAUUCACGUCACACUUCCCCAGUCACGUAACACGAAUACGACCGAGUUAUCCUGCGUGUGCCCUACAGCUGACCCAUGCCACCUGCGUCUCUCCCAAAAUGAUUCACCAUCCUUCCAGAUGUUCUCAGAGUGCCCCGGAUACAAGCGGACAAUCAUUGAUCCAUACGAGGCUGUUCCUCUAUAUGUAUCUACAUGUGCCGUGUGUCUUCUAGUAGCUGGCAACACAAGAUAAUAAUAACAUCAAUCAUUUGGUGAAUAAGCCGAAAAGCUAACUUAAAGGCUGUGCUAGGGUGGGGUAAGGUGAGGAGAGCCUUGGAGGCGUGGGCCACGGUGCGCUUUGGGGGAGUGGAGUUGAAGAGGAUGCGAUUUUGAAAACUGUCCCCACUAUAAAGGCGAUGAUGCCCCUGGUGAACAUUUCGUGCAGACGUUGACAGCAGCCGCAGUGCGUGACUCAGGCAAUGUUUGUAUCGUCUUCAUCGACCCCGUGCUGUUCAGGAUACCUGCUUUUUUUAAAGUCACUGGGACUGGAAGGGCUGGGAAAGCGUGCGCAGUGCGUUGCACCUGAGGCAACGUGCACCGAUGUACGGGUGACUUAGACGACGUGCAAAGGACGCUGCUUAGGAUGCCCACGAAUUGGCAGGAAGUAAUCCGGGCAAACAAAGUGAAACUGAUCGCAUGGAUCAGCCAAGACCCUUCCUACCUGCUGGACGAUCUGGACUCGAACGCCUUCAUUGCAAGAAGCAUUUACAAACGUGUCGAGGAAAUCACUGACUCGAGGAGGCAGUCUCGGUUCCUGGUCGACCACUUCAUUGACAAUGAGGAGGAGGAGGAUUGCAAGAAUCUCCUACAGUCGCUCAAGAAUGUGGAGAGCAGCUACCCUCGGGAGCUUCGCGAAUGGAUUGACAGACUCGGUAAUGGGAACACGUUUCAACAAAACAUACUCAGCAAGAUUAGUGAUCCAAAACAAAUGGCAAAAGGACGAUCCAGUGUUCAUGCACACAGCAGUGGAGGUCGGGCAUUGGAUGCAACAAAAACGCGUGGGAAUAAAGACAAUGUUGACAAGAUUGCAUCUUCAAAAAUAAUCUUUCAUACUACUAUGAAGAAACUUACUUUGGACAAGUUUUACCCCCAUAAAAUGUCAAGAAAUCACGUUUUGAAAUUAAUUGGCUGUGAGGAAUAUCCCAAAUCUCUGGAGGAAAUUUCCCAACAUUUCCUCUGGAAUGUAAUGAGAGCAAAUCCCAGGGCAAGAAACACAGAAUAUGGCCAGUGUGGAAUGGAAGAAGCAGAUACGAGUGACGAUGAAAAUACAAGAAGCUCAGGUAGUGAUGCGACAGCCGAUUUGAUAAAUCCACUGGACAUGAUAACCGCGGUGUUUCUCUGCGCUGACAGCUUCUUACAGCAGGAGCUUAUGCAGAAGAUGUCCCAGUGUCAGUUUGCCUUGCCUCUCUUAAUGCCUGAUUUGGGCAAAGGUGACGUCACGUUUAUGUUGUGGGCCAUGAGGCAAAUUGUGAAAAACUGGAAACUACAGCAGAAUGCAUCCAGCAUGGAGGAGUCAUUGGUCAGCAUAGAAAUGCCUUUUAUUUCAUUCAUUCGGAUUGGAGAGUGCAGUGUCUCGAAAUCAAAAGUGCUCAAUUCGAUUCUGAGCAAUGAAAAACACGAUUUUUUUGUCCAUCGAGAAAUGUCAUGUGGUGACAUCGCUCGAAAGUGCUCCGAUGGACUGGUUGAAACGUGUACGUUCUGUCCUGGUGGGAAAUCAAAUGUGGACGUUUUCCAAACGGUGUUUGGCAUUUUAAAUCUCCGCGGCGAUGCCCGAGAUCACUUAGUUCAGCUUGAGUUCCUUAAAGAAAUCUCGCAGGCUAUAUUCAUCGUCAUUGACAAUGAAGAAACAGACGUGAACAAAAUAUCGCCUCUUCUUGCCGAUGCCGAAGCUCAGUUGUUUCUGAUAACAGAUCAGGACGUGCGUAGUAGAAUCAGGAAUUCAAAUGCAAUCACUGACGUCUGGUCUCAGCUGAAAUUAGAGAAAACUAACAUUAUUGGACGAGGCAAACACAAUGAAGAGUAUUUUACUCGUAAAAUUCGAUGUAAGAUCGCAGAUGUAAUCAAAAGUAGUACAAAUUCCAGGACAAUGGAAGAUAUGGUCCACUUUGCUACAUCAUUAGAAAUUACAGUCGAUGAAUAUGAAAAUAAAUGUCAGCGAACUAAACGAAAGGUCAAAAUGAUCGUUGACAAAAUAAAAAACGAUGGUGUAAAAGAGAGUAAGAGAAACCUCCCAUUGCAAGGAGAUCUUUGGCGCAGGUGGUCAGAAACCAAAAAGGAGCAAAAUCGGCUAAAGAAAGUCGGUGAUUCUGUUGAAGAAUACAUAUGUAGCUUAGUUGAAGCACAAAAAGAAAUUCGCUUUGAACAGGCAGGAAAAGGUUUCUCAGAUAUUAUGAAAAUGUGCGUUGAUUUACUGUUAGACAAGUCGACCAUAAUGAAAAUGUACGCCCUUCAAUGGAUGAAAUUGGAACUGAAUAGUCUAUCCAGGACCAGCCUUUCCUCAUUACGCGCUGAUUACAAGCAGCUACUUGUUGAUUCUACGACUAAAGGUGCAGAUCUGCAUACGAUUAAAGAAUUAAUGUCAUCAAACUCAUUAGGACUGGAACACUUCAUGAGGGAAAUUGGACAGUGUUAUGAAGCAACUAAAGCACUUUCCAAGCAUAAAACAUCCAGUACCAUAAAGCCACGUAAACCUGCCUGCCCCGAGGCACUGACACUCCCAGCUGUUGCUGCGGAGUUGUUCUUGGAGGGCUUUCCCUUGGAGCUGAUGGAUGGAGACGUUGGCUGUAUUCCCAUUGACUGGGUGACCGACGUGCUUAAGGAAGUGAAGGCGACGCUUGGCCGAGACCCCCGCGUGUUCGUCCUGACCGUGCUGGGGGUGCAGAGCACAGGCAAGUCCACGCUUCUCAACACCAUGUUUGGGCUGCAGUUCGCAGUGAGCAGUGGCCGCUGCACACGUGGCGCUUUCAUGCAGCUCAUCAGCAUUGAGGAUCACCUGAAACAAGAACUGGAGUGUGACUUCAUCCUGGUGAUUGACACGGAAGGGCUGAAAGCCCCUGAGCUGGCAACACUUCACGACAACCACGAGCACGACAAUGAGCUGGCCACGGUGUUCGUUGGAUUGAGCGACGUCACGCUCAUUAACCUGGCAACGGAAAAUGCCGAAGACAUGAAGGACGUUCUGCAAAUCGUCGUCCACGCUUUUUUGAGGAUGAAAGCAGUGGGCAAGAAACCGAGUUGCCAGUUUGUGCAUCAGAAUUCUGGCGAUGUCGCUGCCUCCGACAAGAACAUGAUGGAGAACGAACACCUCAUCGAUCAACUGAAUGCCAUGACGGUGGCAGCUGCAAGAAUGGAGCACAAGGAGUCCACUUACACUAAAUUCACGGACGUCAUGGAGCACGACGUGAGUCGGGACAACUGGUACAUACCUGGUCUCUGGCAUGGAACCCCUCCAAUGGCUUCAGUCAGUGCUGCGUACAGCGAUCAGGUUUUUCAACUCAAGCAGCACCUGAUGGAGCAUUUUAAAAAGAGAGCAGAAACACAAGGAGCUUCAACGCUGUCAGAGUUCAGCGCUUGGAUCGGAAGCAUCUGGGAAGCAGUGACAAAGGAGCACUUCAUAUUCAGUUUCAGGAACAGCUUGGUUGCCGAUGCGUACUACAAACUGUGUGUUCAAUAUACAGACUGGGAGUGGGAAUAUCGGAAGAAAAUUAUUUCUUGGACGCAAGAGAAGGAGAAUAGAAUAAUGAGCGUGAAACACGGGAAGCUUCAGGAAAUUCUUCAACAGUUGGAGCUUGAAUUAGGGAAUGAGAUUUCAAAAGGAAAAGUCGCUAUACAGAACAAAUUAAAAAGCUACUUUGAAAACAAAAGCAAUGAUGUGCAUUUAGUUGAGAAAUACAAAGAGGACUUCAACAUCAGCGCCAAUCACCUAUGCAGCAAAUCGCACGAUGAAACCCUGAACAUAUUCAAACAAUUAGUCUGCAGAAGGCAGUCAAGACACUCCAUCGAUGAGCUUGAAACAAAAAGGAAAAAGAUCAUUGGAUUGGAAGUUCAUGCCCUUCUUCAGCGUUGCAAGAACGAGGAAAUACAACUAAACGAACAACAGCUCAAGAAAGAGUUUGACAACAUGUGGACAGAAGUGGUUAAAUGCCUCCCAGAAAUUAAAUUGACCCGCCACAACGUUUACAGAGAUGUGCAGAAAGCACUGAUUGACAGUAAAAUAGAAUAUCAGCUGCUUGUGAGUGAAGCAUUGCGGGAAAAUUCACAGGGCGACAAAUAUCGCGACAAAAUUGUAAAUGACUUUCGACAAGGGCCAGAAACAUCUGUUAAAUCAGCCAGACGUAGAAAUAAACCAACCCAAGAGGAUGACUCAAGUAUGAACGAGUCGAAGGAACGUUCUCGCUCGAUAAUCACAAAGAUGAGCCGGUAUAUUGAGGACAAAAUAAAACAUUGCGAUUAUUGCUCCGCCUAUUGUGACGAACUUCUGCAACAAGUAAGGGCCGCAUUUAAAGAGGCUGAAAAUCUGAACAUUGUGAUCAGCAAAGACUUAGUAAUAGAUACCACUGUGAAUAUAUGUCACAUCGCCAUAAAAAUAUGGCAAGAUAAACAUGACAUUAACAAUGAAAUCAAUGAUCCGACAAAUGAAUUGAAGAAAGUUGAGGAGUCAUAUUUUGUUAUUUUCAAGGAACUAUAUCGUCAAGGGGAUAAAAAUAUGGAAAAUGCAAAGACCUUUUGUAACGAGUGCCUGAAGCCGUCUCUACUUGAGGCUGUCGACAACAAAUUGGGGAUGGAGAUUGCGAAGAAUGUGAAAAGCGAUAGCGGUGGUCCAACGUUUUUGAGCCGGAAAAACCUUCAACUGGCAAUGCUACUGCAUUUGCUGGAUGAAGACGACUUUGAAAAUUACGACAGAUACAUCACGAAUUACGCAGGUUUUACAAAAGAAUGGAUAAAGGCUCAGGUCAUAAAGCACUGCCAGAGUAAGAAUGGGUCACACUCUCAGAUGUACCAUCUCUCAAGGGCCAUUUUGAGCAAUCUGAUUAAUGAAGUGAAGAAAUCUGUGGACUCUGUCAUAAAACAAAUAGCCACUCCGACCACACUUUGGAAAUUCUCAGACAGCUUGGGCGAGUGUCUCCUCAAUCACAUAAUCAUUAAUAAGGAUUUCAUUGACAUAGUUGGGUCUUUAUCCUUCAGAGACAAAGAAAGUGUCAAGCAAUUUUCGGAAGAGCUCAAGGGUUCGUUGGACUCUGCUCAAGAGGAAAUGUUGCGAGGAUUCAGUGUCGCCAGUGACACCGAGUGCGAGGCGUGGUCGAGUCGUCUCAGUGUGCAGCCGCACAUAGAGCUCUACAGGAGCCUGGCUGGCUGUGAGAAGCAGUGUCCUUUCUGUGGGGUGCCUUGUGACCAGGGAGGUGGUGGACAUAGGGAGCACUGUUCCGUGCUGCAUUACCCCGUGGGCCUUAAUGGAGUUCGGUGCAUAACAACUCAGAAGGUGUCUGUUGAGGUUUGCACAACAGCUGUUGCCAGCAAUAGGUCAUACCGCUGUGCACGUUCAAAUGCGGCAUGUAUUCCCUACAAGGAAUACCGCACGAUCAAUGAUUACUUUGCCUCCUGGCUCAUUCAGCCGGACACCAGCCUGGAGGCCACGACUUUCUGGAAGAUCGUGUUCUGCAAAUACAAUGAAAAAUUUGCUGAAAGGCAUAAGGCUUUGCCGGCAGAUAUUCCCGAUGCGUGGAAACAGAUCAAAACAAAUAAAAAGAAGAUUAUGGAAGACUUAAAAAAAACAUUCUCACUAACAUUGUGAAAGCAGUCGUUUUUGGAAAUACCGUAGACUCUCGAUUAUCCGCGUUCAUGACGAGGACGGUCACAGAUAAUAAAAAAUUGCGGAUAAUCCAAAUCUAUACACAUUUCCCACGGAUCUGUUUGCCAAACACCACGUAUAUACGAUUGAUCGAUGCGCGUUCUCAAUCAUAACACUUUCCUACUACCGUGCAGAAGACUCGGCCCAUUAAGCGAAUAUGAGAACCACGCCAAUCAAAAUCAAACUCUGCUCACUGUUGUCAAGAUACGGCAACUACUGUACUGUAGAGGGGUGAUCACGUGACUAUCGGAUAAACCGGAACACAUAAUUGUUCAGUUUAAGCAUGUUACUUGUAAUAAUUAUUUCCAAGAAUAACAAUGCUUAACUGUUUUUAGAUUAUUAAUUUGGGCUUAAGGGAAAUCCAUGAGUAAUUAAUUUGUAAAUCUCAGGUGCGAUGUUAAUACACAAAUCAGAUAAACCAAACAUGGAUAAUCGAGAAUCUACUGUAUUAAUUAUAUUCUUGCCUGUGUAAAUAUGUGUAGUCUCAACGAUUUAGAGACAGAGUUUCUAGAAGGAACUUUCUUUAUUAACAACUUUCACGGUCUCGUCCGCACACUCCCCACAGUAGCUUAGCCUAGCUUGUACACAACAUUAGCUAUCUAACACUGACGGCGCUGAUUGCGAUAGCCAACUACUAUCCUGUAGCACGAUAUCUAGAGGAGACGUUUAGCGAUGACGGCAACGACGAGACGAGUCCACUCCCAGAACCGGCAGCCUCGAGACCCCCGCUCUCGCCUCCUUUUAUGCUCCCGGCACGGCCCUGGCUCCGCCUUAACCGCGCCUCCCUUCUAGAACCCUCUAGCAGGUUCCAGGGGCCACCAGACGGGGUCCUCCGUGACCCUUGCCCCAGUUCCUCCACUCUGCCAACACGCACCGUGCACGCCCUCACCGGGGUGUGCGCUGUCUGUCCACCGCAGUUGCCACUGCUGUUAAAUACCAAUGUCGAUAUCCGCUAGCCACAAUAGAGCUUCAGGAGAGAGUUUGUGUAGUUUUGCUAAUUGUCCUCCCCCAUUGAAUGAGCGCAGACUACAGUGGUUUACUACAUGGUCCAUAGUUUGGGUUGCAUGGCCAGAAUCGCACUACUGUGGCUUUGUUUUUUAAAAAUCGUUAUCACCAAUCAUCAUCCACAUUGCCAAAAAUCCCAACUCCCGACUCCCUCACUACCUGGUACAAUCUGUCCUUAUUGUCUCUGUACCCACACCUCGUGGCACAAUACUCAUUUAUAUCGCUAUACCCUUCGUAUCCUUAAGAAUUAUCCUAACUUUGAAGCAAUCGUAUCUCUCAUAGCACACUUGGCUUCUUGACUGCAUAGUUUCUUCAGACGUGGUCGCUUUUAUGAGUUGCCUCAAUAAAUACCAUUUACAUUGUUAAUCAUAGCAAGAUACAGGAAUCCCGCACAAAACAUGAAGUAUGCGUUCCUGGAAAAUGCUACUUAACUCGGAAUUACUUGAAUCAAACUCUAAUUUGACCGCAGGCAUAAUGUUAAAAUCAGGGGUUACAUUCCAAUCUGACAUUUCUGGAAAAAAAUGUGACUAGAUGUGACGAAGUGUACAAAAUGCGUAUAAUUUACAAGUUCACACAUAUUUGAACAAAAAAAAGACAAAUAAUUAGCACUUACCAGAGAUGGUUGAAGAGGUUUCUGAUUGAAGUCUUUUUGAGGUGAGCAGUGGUGGAAGUAUGCAGAGGAAGGGGCAGGAUCACCUGCCUCUUUGUCUGACAUACUUAUUACGAUACCCAAGAAAGAAGAUGUCACCGAUUGCAAAACUUACAGAACCCUCACAGUAAUGAGACACAUGGGAAAGUACUUAAGAUCGUACGAUUACAUUGAUAAAAGGGGAGAACUGAGGAUUUAUUGGCAGAUGAACAGGCAGGGUUUAGGAAAGAUAUGAACACAGCAUAGCAAAUAUUGAUGUUAAGGCUUGUAGUAAAGACAACAACGAGAAAGAAUAUCCUGGUUUCCACAACUGGUUCAUAGAUUUCCAGAAAUAAUUCGAUUCGACUAAGCAAGAUAUAAUGUGGGCAACAUUAAGAGCAUACGGAGUAAAGUUUGGACAGGAAAUAGGAGAAUGGUUCCCAACAAGAAUAGGUAUGACACGGGGAGAUCCACUAUCACCAAACAACUUCGUCACAUACUUGGAAAGAGUGGUGGAUGCCAUUCAGGACAACAGCACAGGAAUAUCUGUGCAAUGAGAAAAAAAAAAUAACCUGAGAUUCGCGGACGAGAUAGAUCUAAUGGAAGAAAUCUGCGUAGGACUGCAACAAAGUGUGCAUACGCUGAGUACAUCAGGAAAUGAUGCAGGCGGAUUAAUGUAGAAAAGACAAAGACGAUGGUGUUCGGAAUGGAGGACAUUGAGAAAGAAGUAAUAAUAGAGAGCAGGAAGAUUGUAAAUGUAAAGGGAUUUCUAUACCUGGGAAAUAUAUUGACAUGGGACACCAACUGUACGAAGGACAUAAGAGUGAGGAUCGCAAAGGCAAAAGGAGUAAUGAUAGGAUUCGAUAACGUCUGGAAAACCAAACAAAUCAGCUACAAGACCUGACUGAACAUCUUAAGAACAAUGCGUGCUCAGUAUAACUUUGUAUACCUGCGAGACUUGGACAUUAAAAAAAGACUGACAGAGGGAGAGAAAAAAAAUUAUUGCUGUGGUUUCCCACCUGAUGAUGAUUACUUGUGUUGCAAUCGAAAUGUCGUGAUUUAAUUUAUUUCAUUUUCUACCUACGUGACUUUAGCGAAAGAACGAAAGAGUAUGGAUCCCUGCAGUCACGAAAACUUCAAAUCUAGAUUAAGACUGACAGAGAUAAGAUGUUGGCACUCAAAAUGUAUUGCUACAGAGAGUGACCAACAUAGAAGUAAGACAAAGGUUGCAUAUAGAAGAAGACAACCUGAUGAUGCAGGCAGUGAUGAACAGGUCCCUGCAGGGUGGGCUGGUAGGAACAUUGGAAUUUUCACUUCGUUAAAGUAUUGAAAGGGGACGGACGGACACAUUAAUCUAUUGCAGGCUGGUACACUCAGUUUACAACUUCGUUCCUACCAGUAGAAGGAAACUGCCAUUAUUUGGACAGAUAUGUAGGAUGGACAACAGCAGGAAAAUUCCAAGUGUGUUGUUCGGAGAAAUGAAAGGAACCGGAAAGAUAGGAAGACCUAACAGGGAAUGGCUUGACAACGUAAGAGCAGAUUGGUGCCAGCAAGAUGUGGCCACUACUUGAGAAUAUUUACACAAGACAGAGGAAAGUGGAGACAAAUUACGAAAUGUGCAGUGGACAUCUCCGUGCUAUCUACCCAUGGAUCCUGAUGAUGAUGAUGAUAAUGGUGAAGUCCAAAGACUAAGCGCUUAGAUGGCAUUUGCUUCGACAGCUUCUACAUCAGUGAAUGCCAGUUAAUAUUCGUGGUGGUGGUGGUGAUGAUGGUGGUGUUGAUCAGGAUCAGAAUAUUUAAUUUAUAUAUAUUAGUACUGGAGGAAUCCGAUGAGCUAUGAAGCUCUUUUUGCACAGUUAUCACUUAUCUUAAGGUGAAGAUAAUUAGCCUCUGGCAGUGUUCGAAAGUAAUGGCACGAUAUUAAA